UAUAUAUUCCGAUUCGAAUGUACACCUAUGUCCUCUUUUCCUUGAACAUCAUCGAGUUGACAUCAUGCCUGCAACUCACGAUCUUCUGUACCCCUCCGCUGAGCACGAGGCCUCGCAGCACAAGCUUAAGCGACUGGUGCAGGGACCCGACUCGUUCUUCAUGGAUGUCAAAUGUCCUGGAUGCUUCAACAUCACCACUGUGUUCAGUCACGCUCAGUCCGUAGUGCUAUGUGGCUCAUGCGCACAGAUUCUGUGCCAGCCUCGCGGUGGAAAGACCCGUCUUACCGAGGGAUGCUCUUUCCGCAAGAAGCCCAACUAAAUAUUUAAUUGCUGGUCUACAUGCAUAAAUUUAUAACGGAAGUCGUGAAACUUGCACGCAUGUUUUAGAGUAUAACAUGCGUGUUUGGUACAUAGGUUCUGAGCUUGCUGCAAUGUUUGUAUAACCGUGUAUCCACAGAAAUAAAACGUAAUGUGCAGGCAA